AUGGAGAAUCACCAGGCGGUUAAUCAUCCGCCAGCUCCACCGGCCUCCUUGACUGACGACCAAGAUGUCCUUGCCAACAUAGAUGGCCGCAUGCACGGCCCCAUGAGCGGAUUUAUCAAAAAAUACUUUGGCAACUUUCAAUAUGUCCACCAAGAUGCUUUCUUGGAAAUUAAGGCAGCCGGAAGACUUAGUGGCCGCUGUGCCGUUCCAUCAGCUGCCCCAUCACCCGACAAUUUCUUGCAAUGGUUUUCCGACUACAUGUCGCGGGAGCUCGACGGCGCUCGAGGCUCGUGGCAUGUAUCUAGCGGCGAUGCAGCACCCGAGCACGAGAUUGACGGCGACGGUGCACGUCUCCUCUUGACCAUGCCUACUUCGCCGGCCUUCAGCGCACAGACAAGAUGGGAAAAUGUUCAGGUUAUUGGCCAGUUUUACCACCGUGGUUGCGUUUGUUAUCAGGAUGGACUAUUGCGUCUCUGUCGGUCUGCACACCACGUCUUCGCCAGUCAGCCUACACGGCUCUUCUUACACGGCUUCUACAUACACGGUUCACUGAUCGAACUUUGGGUCUUUGAUCGGUCUGGCUCAUACUGUAGCGACCUAUUCGAUAUUCACAAAGAUUUCAUCCAGUUUCUCUCUAUUUUCCUCAGCUAUCAGCGGAUGACGGACCAGGAUCUGGGAAAGACUAACAUCAUUGAGACGGAUAACGGCGGCAAGUACAUCAUCCUUGAUAGUAUGGAGAUGCCUUCUUUGGGAAAGAUUUAUCUCGAAAGCCAGCCAAUUGCGUCUCGUGGAGGUCUUGUUGGCACCGGGACAACUUGCUACCGGGCUAGACUUCCUGAUUCGGAUCAAUGGAAUUACGUCUUGAAAUUCAAAUGGCGUUGGGCCAGGGAGCGCCCGGAGGACGAGCUUCUCAAACUAGCCAAGAAGAAAUGCGUCUGGGGUGCCCUCUCCCUUGAGUAUUACAAAGAAAUUGAAAGUACGGCAAAUCUGCGCCGAGGUCUCCGGUGGGGGACACACAGGAAAUUCGCCAGGCUGCACUCUCCCAAGAAAAAUGGAAAUAUCGAAGGGCAACGACAGGAAGUUACUUGCAAUAGGGACGGACUUGUCGAACAUACAGAAGAAACCGACAACUUCUUUCAAAAUCGUGUCCUUGCCUGCAUCGUUACUUCCCCUGUCGGCAGACCUCUGCACACUUUUCAGUCUGUCUUGGAGUUGAUUCAAGUGUUUCGUGAUGCUAUCAAGUGUCACCGAUCACUCUAUUAUGACGCCAGGAUUCUCCACCAAGAUGUAUCCCCAGGAAACAUGAUCAUUCUGGAUGGCCAAGAUGAUGGAAAGCCUCGAGGGAUUCUGAUAGAUCUCGAUUCCGCAAUGGAGCUCGCCGAAGGAGUAGGAACUGAGCUUGAUAUUACCGGCACCAGACCCUUCAUGGCAAUUGGCGUUCUAAAGAGUGAACCUCACACUUAUCGUCACGACCUAGAGUCCUUCCUUUACGUCUUUCUCUGGACAAUCAUAACGAACCACACGGAGAACCCCCCAGAGACGAGCAAGCUCCGACAAUGGAGUAAUGGCGACUGGGACGAAUUGGCAGUACGCAAGUCACUCGACAUGAGUCAAGAUGGCUUUCAGACUAUUUUGGGGGAGUUCCCUCCCGGAUUACACUCCCUCAAGCCGCUCGCCGAAAACAUACGUCAAGUUCUAUUUCCCCUACGGGCUGGGGCAAUUUGGACAGGUACCGAUGGCUCGCCGGAAGCCGUAGACAAGCUCUACGAUGGAAUUAUCUGCGCGUUCGAAGAGGCCAUUAUUUCUGAGGCCGUAAAAUACAUGUAA